GUCCUUCCCUCUUCGUCAUGUGGUGUUCUCCAUGGAGGCUUUAGCAUUUGGCCCCAAAUUCUGACUUGGCUCAAGGAUUCUGAUAAGCCCCCUAACGUUGGCUGGAGAUGAUGGGCAGCAAGUCUAGUACGCUUGCGGUUGGUGUCUGCGGGGCCAUGGUCAUUGGGUACUGUAUCUAUUUUGACAGAAAACGACGGAGCGAUCCAAACUUCAAAAAAAGACUGCUUGAACGAAGGAAGAACCAGAAAUGUUCCAAAGAGAAAACUGGACUUGCCAAGCUGCCUGAUUUGAAGGAUGCUGAGGCAGUGCAGAAGUUCUUCCUGGAGGAGAUUCAGCUGGGAGAGGAGCUGCUGGCACAAGGAGAUUAUGAGAAAGGUGUUGAUCACCUGACCAAUGCCAUUGCAGUCUGCGGGCAGCCACAGCAGCUUCUGCAGGUGCUGCAGCAAACCCUGCCUCCCCCUGUCUUCCAGAUGCUUCUCACCAAACUACCCACCAUCAGCCAGCGGAUAGUAACUGCUCAGAGUUUGGCGGAGGAUGACAUUGAGUGAGGGUGUAAAUUGGAUAGUAACUGCUCAGUUUGGCAGAGGAUGACAUUGAGUGAGAGUGGAAAUGUGAGUUGUGUGUGCGUGUUUCUGCGUGAUGUGGACCGAAACAAGAUGGCUGUUCGUGAUCUUUCCUUCCUUCCUGUCCUACUACUUCUGCACUGACAACAGAUGGUGUAGGGCUCCGAGACCAAGAGGCCACUCUGAUGUCAGAGACAUUGAAACGUUUCCAUGUAAUCCUGUCAUUUUGUUAAUUUACUUUUGUUGUCUUGUUGAGAUUUAGCAAGCAAAUGUAUUUAGCACUUUGUGCAUAUAUUUUUUUUAUUAUUAAUAUAAAGUCACAAGACUUGUGUUCUAUCAGCCUAUGCCAUUGAUGGUGAUCCUGUCAUGAUCAAAGCAGCCACCGUGAAAGCUGAAGCCUUGAUAAAAACUGAAACAUAGGAUUUCAUGUCUGUUUAUUUCCUCAACUUCUAUGGUGAUCUGCUCAAGUGUAUUCCGUAGCCUGCUAUGCAGUCAUAGCAACAAGCGUGUCCUAUUUUCAGCACACUAGUGUGAUUGCGUGAGUUAAUGUUCCAGUCCUUGCUUGUUCAUAAACUGCAGUGUCAUACGGUAUGAUUGACAGUGUACCACAGUUGGUUUUUGGAAUCUACCUAGAUUUUUUUUGUUGCUUUUGGCUAUAUUGGGUGAAUAUCCCAAUAAACAAUAGAAACUACUGACAUUCUUAUGUUGUGACCUUUUAACCUUGUUCAGACACUACAGUUAUGUCUAUGGUCCCAAUAAAACACAUUGGCCUAGGUGAA